ACAAAGCUGUGAAAAAAAUAAAUUCCUGAAUUGUUUAAAAACAAAACGAAAAUAUCUAUUAAAGAAAAAAUAAUCUGCAACUAACUUUGGUUCAGUGUUUGCUAGUUUGUUUUCGUUCCCCGGUAUUUAAAGCAGUUCAGUGGAUAGGUAAUCAUCAAGCAUAAAAAUGGUUUGUAAGGAUACACUUCGAAUAAAAUACUUGCCAAAAGAACUCUCUGAUGCACAGAAAGAAGAUUUCGUUAAGCAUUUUGGGGCCCACACCAUCAAAAUAAUAACAUCAAAAAUGAAAUCCCAAUCUGUGGUCUACGCAAAGUUUGACAAUGAAGAUGUUGCGAAGAAUGUUAUCAGUAAAUUGCACCAAAUUGAGAUAUUAAAUUGUAUAAUAUGCGUGGAAUAUGCUGAAUUUGACAUACUAAAAGGAUCAGUACCUACUCAGAAAAAUGAAGAUACAAAAGACAGCCACAAAAACAGUUAUUUGAAAACAUUCAUUAAUAACCUGAAUGCUUUCAAUGACUCUGUUAAUUUUUAUCAACCACCCCCUUCACAUUUGAAGUAUAAUUACCCCAGACCAAAUGAGGCAACAUUAAGCAAUAUUGCCCAUGCUUUGGCUGUCAUUCCUCGUUUUUAUACACAAGUUCUUCAUUUAAUGAACAGAAUGAAUCUUCCACCACCAUUUGCUGAUGCUUCUACAAACACAGUACCAUAUUAUGCUCAAACUGCUCAACCUGUUGGUGAAAAGAGAAAGGCUUCAUCAUCUGAAUCGGAAAUGGAAAGUGAUAAUGAGAAAGUUGAGGAGAUUAUAACUCCAAAAAAAGUGAUUGGCUCAAAAAAGAUGAUUAAACGGCCUAGAUUAAUUAAACCACCCCAAGUGAAGACUGUUAGCAAUAAAUCCAUGGAAAAAACUGAAAAUGUUUUUGAAAAGGUUCCAAAUAUCCAACCACAGAGAAAAAUCGAACUCAAUAUUCUACCAACCGAAAAACAAGAAACAGGUGUAAUUAAAAAUGUGACAGAUUCAACAGUUGAAAACCAAGAAAAUGCUAUGCCAGAACUCAAGAAACAACAAUGUGAAACUGAACAUAAAAAGUCUGGUAUUUCAGAUAAUAUCAAGGCUACGGAAGCUCCACCAAAACUAGUUACUGUAGAUAAAAACUCCAUACAAAGUCAGACUAUUCAUCCGGUUGCUCCAAACUCCAAAGUGCAAUCUACUGAAAACGAAUCUACUAAUGUAAUUAAUCAGGAACCUAAACCUUCACUUCAUGCAGGACAAAAUAAAGAUUUGAUAGACGUACAACAAGAAAAAAAUAUAUUAGCUCCCAAAGAAGUUGAAAGUCAAAGUCAAAGUAAUGCGGAAGCAGUGGUGGGGCACCAACAAGUAUCUCAGGAUUCUCUAGUACAAGUACACCAGAUGGGAAUUUUGAGCCAUGAAGUUGACACUUCUGCCGAUCAGAUUUUGUCUGAGGAUCUUCCGUGUAUAACAUUAGAGGAAUUAGCGGCCAAUCAGAUAACUGAUAUAAGUUCUGUAGCAGCUUUUAAGAAUUAUAAACCUGGCGAACCUACAAAUAAGCUUUAUAUCAAAAAUUGUUCCAAAACUGUUGUUGAUCAAGAUUUGGAGUAUAUUUAUAACAGGUACCGGGAAAAACGCACAGCUGAAAAUCCAACUGAAUUCAACAUAAGAUUGAUGCAACAAGGCAGAAUGAAGGGCCAAGCUUUCGUCACAUUGGACAGCAUCGAACUUGCUGAAAAAGCUGUGAAAGAAACAAACGGAUUUAUUCUAAAAGAGAAACCGUUGAUUGUGGUAUUUGGAAAAGCUGGAAAAAAGAAAGAGGAAAAAUUGGCAUGAUAUAUUGUUAUAUUUUCAUGUUACAAAUGAACUUGCAAAUAAAUGAAUAAUUUGUAAAAUGGUAAUUAGAGAAUGCUUGGACAAGACCUGUUGGUUGCCAUUGAUAGUAUUGUAAAGGAAGGAACGUGUUCAUUUGAGACCAGAGAAUGUUCGGUUAAAUGUUUUACUUACAAGUGAUAAUUUCGUAAAUCGGCUCUUAUCCUGAAAUCUUGUGUCUCUUGUACACAUAUAUAAACAUAAUGAACAUGUAUAUUUUGCAACGCAGCAUAAAAACAAUGUACCUAAUUAUUAAAUUUGUUCCGAAAUCUUC